CUCUUAGCCCUAAACCGUUCACAGCUCCGACAGCGUGUGUCCCGGCAGCGAGCGGGCGCAAGCAAACGACGAGAGAGCGUGCGCGAGCGAGCGAGAGAGAAAUAACGAGAGAGACGGGCAAAGAGGCCGAGUGCACGAGUUCUUCCCCCCGGUGUCUUGGUCUGGCGUGGCGGAAGGGCAAUCCGUGAUCUCCCUUUCUCCUCCAUAAACUGACCGAACAGUGAAGACAGAACGCAGCAGCAACGGACUGGGGCUUUCUAUAAUAGAAUAUAAUGCCAAACGUCACCGACGAAGAGCUUAACGGAGCAGCGGCUGCCUUGCUUGGUCUGCACGCGAGGAACUCCAGCAAGGAAGUUCCGCCAGCAUUCGCCCCCGCGCCAAGGCCAGCCCCCGUGGUGACCCGGGCGGAUAAGGACCAAUCCAAGCCCCGGUACCAGGGCUUGCCAAGAGGCCAAAAUCCGACCUCACCGUCCGUGCCGCCAGUCGCAGCAGCAGGGGACGAGGGGGGGCGGACCAACCCGCAGCAACAGCAGCAGCCGAUCCCGGACGAGGAGCCACACCCACACCCCGACCCGUUCUAUCCGUCGCCGGUGCUCACCUCGAGGUCUGCCCCGCCGUCGCACCCGGAGCAGGAGCAGCAGCAGCAACAGCAACAGCAACAUUGCCGCGUGGAUUACUACGCUACUACCAAAGAAGUCCCUGUAAUUUCAAGCCGGCAAGACUUUGCUCCUGCUACUCAAGCAACAAGAGCGCGAUGGAUACCGCACCUUCCCCAAAACGCUGCCGCCGCCGCUCCACGUCGGCGACAGAGUGAGUGGGCACCUCGCUUCGAUCCGCCGAUGGCGGCGGCUUCGGAUCCGUGGUCCGUCAUGGGACUACACCAAAAUCCGCCCUCCUUGGAUGCGUGGGCGUUCCUUCAGCAGCAGCAGCAGCAGCAGCAGCAGCAGCAGCGGCAGCGGCAGCGGCAGCGGCGGCCAGCGCAGCAACAACCCGAAAUUUCCUUGCUCUCCGCUGUCGUCGUUGGUCCUGGGGGCAGCAGCAGGCAGCAAUUUAGGGUUUACCAGCAGCAGGACGUUGCUCCGCACCACCACGUCGUUCGGGAUCACUACCACCGCGACUACGCGAACGUUACGGCUGCUCCUGCUGCUGCGGCUGCGGCUCAUCUCGCCACUGCUUCCGCGACCCAUCCUGCUCCGACCCACGCCGCCCGCGGAAACGUCCAUCAACCCCCGCAGCAGCACGGGUACGUUGGGCAGCACGACGAGCGGCAGUACUCGUGCCCGCCGCAGCACGGUAAUCAGCAGCAGCAGCAGCAGCAGCAGCGCGAGUACAGUCAGGAGCAACAGAAGGUGGACAAGCCGUCCAUCAACAACCUCUGGAGCCUGAUCCCGGGGACGCUCAAGAGGGACGGCGGCGGGGCCCGACCGGGCAAUAACGGAAGCAACGGCAGCAGCAGCAGCAGCAGCAGUAGCGCAGCUCCAACCAACUCCCAGCAGCAAUCCGGCGGCGCCGGCGCCUACGACCACGACAACGCCAGGUGGUUCGCCCCGGACGUCCACCCCCCGCUCACCGACAUGGCCCGCAGGCACCGCGCGAGAGCGCUCGCCCGCCUCAGGGCCCGCCGCCGCGCCCAGGCGGAGGCGGCGGCGGCGGCGGCAGCGGCGGCGACAGCGGCGGCAGAACUCGCCCGGCCGGCGCCGGCCAAGCGUCACUCCUCCGAGACGACGAACGAGCCAGAAAGCGGCAGCGACGGUGAAGAGGACGAUGAACUCCACCGCCACCAUCGCAGCAAAGUGUUCUUGGUGGACGGGGGGAGCGGGGUGCCUCGGGCGGUUAGCGGCGGGGUGGAGCGCGGUGUCAGCGGCGGCGUCGUGCGCGUGGUCAGCGGAGGUUCGACCGUCUGCGGUGACGGGGAUGCGGCCGCGACCUCCUCCGGCCUGCCCGCCGCCGGCGAAAGCGCGAAGAAAGAAGCAGGGGUUUCUCAUGACGUAGGCUGUGGCGGUAGGGUCGAACGAGCAGCCAACACAGCAGAAGAGCCGAAAACACCAGGGAUAGCGCCGCUCCUCACGUCAACAGUCGUCAGCGGUAGCGGCAGCAGCAGCAGCAGCAACGUCGACGACACCCCGGUCAUCCCCGACCCUUUUCGUCCGUCGUCGUCCCCCCCCCCCAACAACAACGCUAGCUCCUCCUCCAAGGUCGGGGACCUGUUCCAGCUCAUGCGUAACGUCACCAUGAGCUUCGGCGGCGACGGCGGUGGCGGCCGCGACGGGGCGGGCGGGGCGGUCGAUGGAGAGGAGAACCUCGCCCGCGAGCCCGGGAAGCCUGUCAAGUACCGGUACCGUCAGGAGGCCGCCAGGUCCCGGAAGCGGACGCGGGGCCGGUUCGUGAGCGAGAAAGCGCCGGCGUUCGUGUCCAUCACGGAGCUGAUGGCGCUACGGCGGGCGGAGCGCGAGCGGCAGCAGAAGGCGGAGACGACGCCUGUGCCGGUGGGGGCUGGGUGAUGUCGAGGACGGCCCCUCAACACCCUGCGGCGGCCGCCAGGGGCGAAGAAAUGUGCUUUUGCACGCGCAACAUGCUGUUUGUUGUUUGCGAAGGCAUGUUAUGGUGGGUGUGAACAGUGAUGCAGGUAGACUUGCAUUUGUUUCUAGAACAAGUAAAUUUGUCUACUCAUAUCUUUCUUGCGUACGUUAUAAUCAACACCACUUUGGCCGAGAUAUUGUUGCACGUCUCUUGUAGGACGGAACACAACGAACGGUUAUGCCAUGUACGAUAACAGUUUUUUUUUUUUGCCUACCGGCAGUGGACGACCGCCGGUCGAGUCUACCCGUGUGUCGGAUUCCGCUCUACGUGUGUUCAUACGGCAUAGGGUUUGAACUCUUUCGCGAUAGCCGUCUUCGCACUGUUUCCUUUGUGUUCGUGUUGUAACGGUUGCCGGUCUUCGUAAGUACACAGUGCCUUCUACCUGGUGGAGGGAAGGCAGCCGUGUUGGUGUUUUGUGCGGAAAAGUCAGUCCCGGUACAAACUUCUUCGUGCACUCUGUUUAAAAGUGCGUGCGCCUGUGCUUAUUUAUUUAUUUUUUUCCCCAUCCGGUGAGGUUUCCGGUGACGUAGAGGGCGGCGGGAGUUGAAGGUCGGGGAAGGGGAAGUCAACUACCCCUCCCAUGGGGUGAUAUGGCUGUGUGUUGCCCCGUGGCGGAGACGCGUGCAGUGUGUGUGUUUGGUUGCUUGAGAAGACCAGCAGGUUUCGUAGUUAGUCGUGGCGGGGAUGGGUUGCUCCCGUGUCGAUUGUCGAAGCGUGUACGUUCGCGCCCUUGUUGCAGUGGUCCUCUUUCGUGCCGCACGCCCUUACCGUAGUCACUCGUACAGCGUGCAAGCCGAGACGACUUUGUGCUUUGCGUCGUGCAGAGAAGAAUUGUUUGUUUUUUGUUUUCCCACGUCGCGCGUUGCAAGGUUGAGCCUGUUACUUUUAGGGUAGGAAGGAAGCAGCGCAAAUGGUGCGCCUUCCAAGUACAAUGAGGUCGUUUUUGUUUCUUGCGUGUUCCCGAUCCAUGUACAUGGAGUCGGAUUUAAACCGUGUUCAGGGUUACAAAAUAAAUACGAUGACAGGAAAACG